AACAUGUGACGAAUUCUGUCAGAUGACACAAAUGACAAAUACGAUUCUUUUAAUGCACACAAAGGAAGAAUACAUAAAGCCGCUCGGAGAGUUCGGGAUCUUCAUUAGACUUCUUGAACUUUUCCUCUCUCUCUCUUGGAUAGCAACAGGUCCCGAGUUACAAAGCGGAAGCAAGUGGAGAUGACAUUGGGCAAGAAGUCAGUGUAAAUUCGAACUCGCAACAUUCCGUCCGUAUAAAAAUCAACGUUGUCCUGUUCCGUCAAAACAAAUCUGUUGUUUUGAGCUUCGAAGAACAUGUCUACCGCGGUUGCACAAAUGAAACAAUACUUCGAAACGGUAACCGACGGCGUUGAAAGCGACGCGAAGAACGACGCGAAAAACGACGGCGUGUACAAAUUACUUUCACUGGACGAAAUAACGGAAAUAGCGAAACGCGUGCUGAACGGCGACUCGGAUCGAAUAGAAUACGUUAUUCAACCGUAUACCAAAACCAAACUUGGAUAUCUCGGCUCUCAUUAUCGCGUUAACGUAACGGCUACGAGGAAGAAGGGAACCCGCGAGCUCUCGUUUUUUCUCAAAACCGUGCCUUACGAAGUGCCCGAUCAAGCCGAUUACGUGAUACAGAAAGGCAUCUUCGAGAAGGAGGCGAUGUUCUACAACGUCAUAACGCCGCUGCUGCUCGAAGGAUAUAGCGGGGAAUUGUGGGCGCCGGUGUGUUACAAAGCGACGAAUAAUCUGAUGGUGUUCGAGGAAUUGAGAGGCAAGGGUUACUCGACGCGAGACAAGCUCUUCGACAAGACGCUCGUGCGCGCAGGUCUGAGCGCUAUCGCGCGAUUACACGCCGCGUCUCUGAUGGCGGAGACGCGUCUCGGAAUGCCUCUCAAUCGAUUGUAUCCCGACGCGUUUGUCGAGCGAGCCUUUCAGCAUGAUGGAAUGACGCGCGUGUGGAUGCAGGCGGGCGUCGAUGUGGCCGCCGCUAUCGCCGAACACUUGGGUCUCGAUUCCGAUCUGGUGCGAUCCACCUGCGAGCUGGUCUAUCACGCGACGACACCAUCGCGCACGAAGGCGAACGUCGUCAGUCACGGCGAUCUUUGGGGCAACAAUCUGAUGUUCAACAAGGACGUGUCGCCCAAGUGUCUGAUGGUGGAUUACCAGCUGUUGAGAUACUCUCCCUUGGCGCACGAUGUCGCCCAGUUUCUUUAUCUGUGCACGGACCGCAGCUUCCGCGAAACGUGGGAGAGCGCGAUGCUUCAGCAUUAUUAUAAGACGCUGCGCGAGACUCUGAACGCCCACGAGAUCUGUGUGCGAACGCCCCCGUGGUCGGAGAUAGUCCUGGGCAUGGAGGAGCAACGGUUGGGCGCCCUUAUAACCGCGAUCAUUUACUUCCCCACAGUUCUGAUGGACGAGAAUCUCAGCGCGACUGUGAUAAACGAUCCGGCGUCGUACGCCGAUUAUUACUUCAGAGACAGAAGGGAGUUCGUUAUGACGAAUAUGAAAAAAGAUCCGGUCUACGGGAGAAGACUCAGCGAAGCUGUCAUCGAACUCGUCGAGCUCGCUUCGCGUUUGGAUCAAUUGCCGACGCCCUCGUAAAAUUAUGCACUAAAUAACAUAGAAACAAUAAAAAUUAAAUUACUUAUGUAAAAAUUAUAUACAUAUAAAAGUAGCUGAUAUAAAAA